AUGGACAGACGGGGCAUUUUCAAGCCGCUUCACGGCAAAGGAACAGCCUUCAGCUACACCGAAGUCAAGCUAGAGCGAGGCUCCCAUUCUGAAUGGGACAUCCCUGGAAAACGCAUCCGAAUGUUCCAGAAUUCAGAGAAAUCCGUGCACAAUCUUUCCUUCAUGAAGCAACCUUCGGCCACCAUAAAAUUCACUGAACAGCAAACCAAGGUUCGGGGGUGGGGGGCUCAGCCGUCCGGCAAAGGCGGGCGCUUGGCAGCCGGAGCGGUUCGGCAGCCGUGGCCAAGACGGAGGCGCCACCUGCAAGGAUCCCCGCUGCAGCAGCAGCAGCAGCUCCCGACCGCGGCCCGGAGUCCACCCCGCGCAGCUGCCCGGCCCUGCCGCCGCGCUCCUGCUACCUCACAGAGCCUUCUGUCACGAAGGUUUUCCCCUGCGUUUGAAGGACUUUCUCCAGUGGAGAAGCAAAAAUUGCCAGCCCAACUCUGGAAGCUUUUGGGUGGCCCUUUCUAUUUUUCUGCCUCUGAUUCCCGUCGCAAUGGCAAAAGCGGUGAAGGGUCCAAAGGGAAAUCCCCGGAGGAAGAUGAGGAGGAAAAGAAACGCCGGGAGAGGGAAGACCAGAUGUACCGGGAGCGCUUGAGGACCCUCUUCCUCAUUGCCGUCAUCAUGAGCCUGCUAAACUCACUGAGCACCAGCGGGGGCAACAUCUCCUGGAACGACUUCGUGAACGAGAUGCUGGCGAAAGGGGAGGUGCAGCGAAUCCAGGUGGUCCCGGAGAGCGACAUUGUGGAAAUCUACCUGCAUACCGGGGCAGUGGUGUUUGGACGGCCCAGGCUGGCCCUGAUGUACCGAAUGCAGGUGGCCAACAUUGACAAGUUCGAAGAGAAGUUGCGAGCCGCCGAGGACGAGCUCAACAUCAGUGUGAAGGACCGGAUCCCCGUCUCCUACAAGCGCACCGGCUUCUUUGGAAACGCCCUCUAUGCCUUGGGGAUGGCAGCGGUGGGCGUCGGCAUCCUCUGGUACAUCUUCCGCCUGGCUGGAAUGGCCGGAAGGGAAGGGGGCUUCAGCGCCUUUAAUCAGCUGAAAAUGGCCCGCUUCACGGUGGUGGACGGCAAAUCCGGGAAAGGAAUCAGCUUCAAGGAUGUAGCGGGAAUGCACGAGGCCAAGAUGGAGGUCAAGGAGUUUGUGGAUUACUUGAAGAGCCCGGAGCGUUACCUGCAGCUGGGAGCCAAAGUGCCCAAAGGGGCCCUCUUGCUUGGCCCCCCGGGCUGCGGCAAGACCCUGCUGGCCAAAGCGGUGGCGACGGAGGCACAGGUGCCUUUCCUGGCGAUGGCUGGCUCUGAGUUCGUAGAGGUGAUCGGAGGUCUCGGGGCUGCCCGUGUGCGGAGCCUCUUCAAAGAAGCCCGUGCCCGGGCGCCCUGCAUCGUCUACAUCGACGAAAUCGACGCCGUGGGGAAGAAGCGCUCCACCAACAUGGCUGGCUUUUCCAACACCGAGGAAGAGCAGACCUUAAACCAGCUGCUGGUGGAAAUGGACGGCAUGGGGACCACGGACCACGUCAUCGUGCUGGCCUCCACCAACCGGGCGGAUAUCUUGGACAACGCUCUCAUGAGACCCGGGCGGCUCGAUCGUCACAUUUUUAUCGACCUGCCCACCCUGCAGGAGAGGAGGGAGAUCUUUGAGCAGCACCUGAAGGGCCUGAAGUUAUCCCAGGUGGGCAGCUUCUAUUCCCAGCGGCUGGCCGAACUGACUCCGGGCUUCAGCGGAGCCGACAUCGCCAACAUCUGCAACGAGGCGGCUCUGCAUGCGGCGAGGGAAGGACACAAAUCCAUCGACACCUUCAAUUUUGAAUACGCCGUGGAAAGAGUCAUUGCAGGAACUGCCAAAAAGAGCAAGAUUCUGUCCCAGGAGGAGCGGAGGGUGGUGGCGUUUCAUGAGUCCGGCCAUGCCCUCGUGGGCUGGCUGCUGGAGCACACAGAGGCCGCGAUGAAGGUCUCCAUAGCGCCUCGCACCAAUGCUGCCCUGGGCUUUGCUCAGAUCCUGCCCAGGGACCAGUACCUCUUCACCAAGGAGCAGCUCUUCGAACGGAUGUGCAUGGCCUUGGGAGGAAGGGUGUCGGAGGCGAUCACGUUCAACAAGGUGACUACAGGGGCCCAAGAUGACCUGAGAAAAGUAACCAAGAUAGCCUACUCAAUGGUGAAGCAGUAUGGGAUGGCACCCAACAUUGGACACCUCUCCUUCCCCAUCGAGGAAAAUACUGCAGGGAUUGGGCGGCGCCCUUUCAGCCAGGGACUCCAGCAGAUCAUGGACCACGAGGCAAAACUGCUGGUGGCCCAAGCCUACAGGCGCACAGAGACAGUGCUUCUGGACAACCGGGACAAGCUGAAGAUGCUAGCCAACGCCCUCCUGGAAAAGGAAGUGAUCAAUUAUGAUGACAUUGAAGCCCUAAUUGGGCCUCCCCCCCACGGGGCCAAGAAGAUGAUCCCCCCUCAGAGCUGGAUUGAAGCCGAGAGAGACAAGCAAGAUGUGGGGGAUGAAGAGCCCCCCCAGCAGCCACCCAGGCGAGGGGAAGAAGACGAAGAGCCCAGACUGAGCCCAGUUUGAAGCCAGGUCAUGGCGUGGAGCAGGAAAAGCGCCGACCAGCUUCCUGCCCGAAUCAGGCUCGCUAGGAGAGGUUCUCCUCCCUUGCCCCUUAAUGUGUGCGGGCCCCUCUGCUCAUAUGUCUGGGAUGGGUUGUAGAGGGUGUGUUCUUCCUUGCUCUGGGAAUGAGCUGUGGCAUGGGUGUGGUGUCAGAUGCCCUUUCCAAGAUGUCUGGAAGAAACCAGACGUCCGUGGGUUGCUGGACUGUGCUCCUGGCAGGAGGGGCCAGCUCUCAUGCGCCAGACCUCCUGCCAAGUCAUUGGAACGCCUUGAGUGCCAUGCGAGGCCUCUGGCCACAGAUGUUACGGGAAGGCAAAGCCCAGACCUUGAGAAAGAGAGAGAGCCUACAAGUCUUUGGGCAGAAGAUGGUUCUGAUUGGAGGGCAGGGUGAUGUUUUUAGGCCAAAUGUUUGUCCUGCGCUGCUGAAGGCAGUGAAGGGGGGAUGGGUUGAUCCUCACUAAGCAAAUGUGGGUGGGGGUGUGUGAGAGAGAUAAAGAGAUCAGCCAGUUCCAUUUGCAUCCUCCCCACCAAUGUGGAUUCUUUCCAGGAGGAUUGUCUUUGUCCUAGAAUUAACCUACUCCAUAUUUUGCUCCUGGCAACAUUAACUUGCAAUUCUAGGGCCCUCUCCUCAGGAUGUUAACUACAGGUAUAAAACAAGUGUUUGGGUCCCUCUUGAUAAAGAGCCCCACCUCCAUCUUCCCCACUGGCCCUUGGCAAAUUGUCAUCCAUGAUCGGUAGCUACCACCUAGUGGUCUGUUCAGAAACCUGCAUGGGAUAGUCUCUCUAGAAACCUUGAGCAAGAUCACAAGCUCUUGAGUCUCUGUGGCCAUUCCCCCCCCCCCCCCGAAAGGGAAGCCAGAUCUACCCAUGAGGCAUUUCUGGAGUUACUUGACUUUCACCAGAUCUCUCAGCUGCAUGGCAGUCUCGUCUUCAGAUACUUCCGGGGGCAGGGGAAGCCAGAGGUCCUGUCUGUCAGUGUGU